GAAUAUAUCACGGUGAAAAAUAAAAUAUUUUUUUUUGUAAUUUAAAUUAAUAAUUUAGCAUGGAUCUUCUAAUACAUCUAAAACUUCUAACAUGGCUAAUUAACAUCAUACUUCCAUUGACAACUGCUCAAAUGGAUCCAUGUCCCUUUGAACAUACUGUAAAUUUAACCAAUCACCAGCGUUUCAAUAAUGGCUCAUAUCUCUAUGAGGACAUUUUAAUACCACUCGAAAAGCAGGGCUUAUACGGUUCAGAUACAGUUCAUUUGCAUGAGAGAGGUUGUGUUUGUGAGGAGAAACCUUGCAUGGAAUGGUGUUGUGAAAAGGAUGAGUUUUUAUCCGUUAUGAAUACAUGCGAAAAGUUUACUCAGCCAAUUAAAGUUAGGCACAUAUUACCAAUAUUACUAAAGACUAAUGAAAUAAAAUAUAUGAAUGUAUUUAAACAUUUUACCACUCGUGUGAAUAUGCCUUGUGAUAAUCCGGUAUCAAUAGACAGAGAAAACCGAUUCUGGAUUUUGCAGGAGAAUGGACUUUUAAAUCUGAAAUAUAGCGAUGUCAUUUCUGCUUAUUGCUUCUCACCAGUUUUAAAUCAAGACACUUUGAAAAAUGUUUUAAGUCCAUUCGCUUGUCGUGCUCCAUUCACUUGGCGAAAAUAUCUAUCUAUGAUAAACCCGAUUGUAAAUCUAGUGUUCUUGUUACCCACAAUAUUGUUGUAUUUAUUUUUACAAGAAUUAAGAAAACCGCUGGGUGGUAAACUCUUCAUUUGCUAUUUGCUGUCAUUUUCAACAAUGUGUGCCCUUCUAGUGUUUAUAAAUGCGGGAAAUUUUCUUGAUCCUGUGCCGUGUUAUGUUUUAGGUUACGCCGGUUACUUUUUCUAUUUAUCGUCUAUUUUAUGGCUGAGUAUUUUAUGUUUGGACAUUUGGAAAAAUUUUAAUACAAUUACCGUUGAAUGGGAUUUAAAAAAGAAUCUUAAACAAUUUUUAAUAUAUUCUCUAUAUGUAUGGCUAACUGCUGCACUAGCUACUGGAAUGUGUAUUUAUAUGGAUCUAUUAGAGAAUGUCGAUGAUAUUUAUAAGUCGGGUGUUGGUGAUAGCUAUUGCUGGUUUGAUUUUACCAAGAAAUCAUCGUGGUUAUAUUUAUUUGGACCCUGCCUUCUAAUUGUACUCUUCAAUUUAGCUACUUUUAUACGUUUGAUAAUAAAUAUCUACAGGACACGACGAAAUGCCGGCAGAUUGAAACAAAACAAGAAAGUCCUCAAAGAAAAUGCACUUAUUACUCUGCGUUUAAUGUUAAUAAUGGGUAUUCCUUGGAUAUUAACUAUUAUAUCGUACUUUAUACCAGCCGGUACCACAGGUGAUUUAAUUUCUUCAAUUGCGGAAUUUGUACAUAUUAUUCAAGGCAUUUUGGUAUUUAUAUGUUUUGUUUUAAGACCAAAAGUAUGGUAUCUUUUAAAAAUGAGAUUUCAAUACAAUAUCAUCGGAUACAUUCCAUAUACAAUGUAUUUUUCAAUAUUACUGUCACUUCUAAUAACACAAAUAUACAUUGAAGUUGCAGCCACUUCCAAAAUUGCUGAUGGAAAAGAUAAACAGUGUCCCUAUGAAAACACCGUUAAUUUAACUAAUCAUCAGAAGUACGAAAAUGGUUCAUAUCUAUAUGAAGGCAUUAUAAUACCAAUCGAAAAACAAAAUCUAUACGAUUAUCACUUAGAAUUUAUGCACAAAAGAAAAACAGUUCCGGUUCAUUUAAGAGGUUGUGUUUGUGAGAAACAGUCCUGUAUGAAAUUGUGUUGCGAAAAGGAUGAGUACUUCAGUUAUAAGGAUGAUCUGAGUAAAUGUGAAAAAAUAACUCCGGAUAUGAAAAUUGAUUGGCAAAUGUUAAUAUAUGGCGAAAAUAGUAAAACAAAACUGGUUAAUAUAUUCGAUCAAUUUACUAUACAAGUGGGUUUACCAUGUCAACGACCGAAGCCACUAGAUAAGAAUAUGGAAUCAUGGAAAUUAAAAGAGAAUGGAAUUUUAAACAUUUCAUCGGAUGACUCAUUACUGGAUACUUUGGACUAUUGUUACUCACCGUAUAUAGGCAACGAUACUGCAGAAUACAUAUUAGUACCUUUCAGUUGCCCGAUUGUCAAUAAUGCCUCCUGGCGUAUAUAUUUAAAUUCAUACGGCAUGGUUAUAUCGGUUUUGUUUUUAAUACCCACCAUAUUGGUGUAUUUAGUAUUAAAAGAAUUGAGGGGAAAUUUAAGUGGUAAACUGUUGAUCUGUUAUUUAGUGUCAUUGACCGUAGGUUAUACCAUAAUUAGUUUUAUAAAUAUUUCACAUUUACGAUUUGGUAUUGUAUCCUGUAGAAUAUUGGGUUUCACUUGUUACUUUUUCUUUAUGGCGGCCUUUUUAUGGUUAAGUGUUCUAUGUUUCGAUAUUUGGAUGAAUUUUAAUAACACUAGUAUCGAGUUGAAUUAUGAAAAUAAUUGUGAACAAUUUAUAAUUUAUUCCCUGUUUGUCUGGUCUGGGGCGGCGUUGGCUACUUUCUGUGCUGUUUAUAUAGAACUGUCACCAAAUGUGGAUGAUAUUUAUAAGCCCGGUAUUGGAGUGGAAAUGUGCUGGUUAAAUACUGAAAAAUGGUCAGCAUCCAUAUACUUUUAUGGACCUAAUCUUGUUAUUUUAAUUUUCAAUAUUAUAACUUUUUCCCAUAUAACUACAAAAAUCUAUCAAAUACGACGCGAUAUGGCCAGAAUGACACGUAAAGAGAAAUUCUUAAAUGAAAAUGCUAUUGUAAUUUUACGUUUAUUCUUAAUAAUGGGUAUAUCCUGGCUUUUCGAUAUUAUUUCUUAUUGUGUUCGUGAACAUGAAAAUGUGGAUAUUGCGUUUGUACUUUCCGACUUCAUAAAUGCCAUUCAGGGUAUUUUGAUAUUUUCUUUGUUUGUUUUGAAACCGAAAAUUUUGAAGCUACUAAAACAGAGACCCCAAACUACAUGCCGCGUAAUAGUGGCACUACAUGCAGCACCCAUUGCUAGGACUAAUAAAAUUACAAUGAACUUAUAUAUAUUUUUGACACUCCUAACGUGGCAAAUUUAUAUUGGUGUACCCUGGACAUUUGCCCAGGAUGACGAUAAUAAGGAGGAAAUAUGUCACUAUAAAAAUACCGUAAAUUUAACCAAUCUUGAAAAGUACGAAAAUGGUUCAUAUCUGUAUGAGGGUAUUUUAAUACCACCCGAAAAACAAGAUUUCUAUGAUUAUCAUUUGAAAUUUCUGGAGAAAAGGGUAUCGGUACCGCUGCAUCUAAGAGGUUGUGUUUGUGAAAAUAAACCCUGUAUGAAAUUGUGUUGCCAAAAGGAUGAGUAUCUCAACGACAGGGGCAAUACGAGUAAAUGUGAAAAAUUAACUUCGGAAAUGACUGUACAAUGGAAAUUGCCCUUACAGGGGGAAAAUGAUAAAGUCGAAACGGUAAACUUAUUAGAACAUUUUACCUUACAAGUGGGUUUACCUUGUCGGGAACCGGAGGCAUUAGAUACGGAACUCGAUGAAUGGAUUUUAAAGAAGAAUGGAGUUUUAUAUAUUUCAUCUGAUGGGUCUGAACUCGACACUUUGGACUAUUGUUACUCGCCUUCUUUAGACGAGGAGUCUAAUGAAUAUGUUUUAACUCCAUUCAGUUGUCCCAUUAUGAAUAUUGGAUCCUGGCAAUUAUACCUCAAUACAUAUGCCAUGACUAUAUCGGUUGUAUUUUUAAUACCCACCAUACUGGUGUAUUUAGUGUUAAAAGAAUUGAGGGGAAAUCUGCGUGGUAAACUUUUGAUUUCUUAUUUGAUAUCGUUGACCGUAGGUUAUGCCAUUAUUACUUUCAUCAAUAUUUCAAGUUUAAAAUUCGACGUUAUACCCUGCAGUAUUUUGGGUUUCACUUGUUACUUUUUCUUUAUGGCGGCCUUUUUAUGGUUGGGUGUUUUAUGUUUUGACAUUUGGACAAAUUUCAGAGAAACUAAUAUUGAAUUGAAUUCUGCUAAGAAUGAACUGCAGUUUAUUUAUUAUUCACUGUUUACCUGGUUAGGAGCUGGCCUGGCGACCUUCUGUGCUAUUUGUAUCGAACUGUCGAAUGUGGAUGAAAUUUAUAAACCUGGAAUUGGUGUGGAAAUGUGUUGGUUAAAUACUGAAAAAUGGUCGGCUGCAAUAUAUUUUUAUGGACCUAAUCUUGUUAUAUUGAUUUUCAAUUUUGUAACAUUUUCUCACAUAACAACAAAAAUCUAUAAAGUCCGACGUGAUAUGGCCAGAAUGACACAUAAAGAGAAAUUCUUUCAAGAAAAUGCUAUUGUCAUUCUACGUCUAUUCCUAAUAAUGGGCAUAUCCUGGCUUUUCGAUAUUAUUUCGUAUUGUAUGCGUGAAUAUGAAAACUGGGAGAUUGUGUUUGUAUUUUCGGAUUUCGCCAACGCCAUUCAAGGAAUUUUAAUAUUUUCUUUGUUCGUCUUGAAACCGAAAAUUUUGAAACUAUUGAAACAGAGGUAA